AUGGCUUGCCAUUACCAGAAGCUGUUAUGGGUAGCUCUCACCCUUGGGGUGUCUGUUUCUGCUCUUCCAGGUUCAUCAAAGGCUACUCGAGCCGAUGGAAGCCCAUCGCCACCCGUGGCUACCAUAAAGUCGAAUAAUGCGCAGACAGAAACCGUAUUCGUCGGUCGUUCUCUGCCCGAAUUCGACCAGGAGUUAUUCCUCGGCAUCAAAUACGCAGAUAAGCCCGUCCGGUUUACCCCGUCAUCCCUGAAGACAAGCUAUACUGCCGAUGACAGCGACUCUGGGGCAUACACGGCCUCUAUGGAUGACUUGAACAUAUCUCAAGAAGCAGUACUUUACAAUGCUACAGAAUACGGCUAUGAAUGCCCCGGAUAUGGGUCCGACGAGACCAAACUGGUCGAUAUGGGCUUAAUACAACUCAAUGAAGAUUGCCAUAAUCUGAACAUUAUCAGACCUAAGCUACAUCCUAAUGAGACCCAGCUGCUCCCGGUCAUGUUAUGGAUUUUCGGAGGUGGAUGGCAACAGGGCGCAACGGCGGAUCCAAGGUAA